CUGUUCAGGCCAAUAAAGGCGGUGUUUGGAAGAAGCUUUAAGGUUUGCAAGAGAGUUUGUAAAACUUCCAUGAUCCUUCGUCAUGGCAUUUUCAUUCCGAGGAAUAUUAUUAACAUACGUUGUUAUGUUGCUUUGCAUCUGUCAUGGAGUGUCAAAGCCGGUAUUUAUGGUGACAUUUCCUGCUGUUAUAAAAUCAGGCUCGCAGGCUAAACUGUGUGUGAGCAUUAUGAAGCUGACUGAAUCUGUGUUGCUCACUAUUGAUCUGGUUCACGAAAACCAGAACAAAACUCUUCUGCAGGUGGAAACUAUGAAUGAGCUCCAUCGCUGCCAUGAUUUUCAGGCUCCCAUGCUUGACUCGGUGCAAGAGGUUAAAGUGAUGGCUCAAGGGAAGAACACUCUUGUUACUGAAACCAGAAAAGUCAAGUUCACAUCUGUUCGACCACUGACAAUAAUUGGAAUGGAUAAACGAAUAUAUAACCCCGGACAAACAGUCCAUUUCAGAAUUUUCUCAAUGGAUACAGAAUUUAAACCCAUUGAGGAAAAAUACAAAAUUGUCGCUUUAAAGGACAAUAGAGGAAACAGAAUAAGUCAGUGGAUUAAUGCCACAGCCCCCCAUGGCAAGAUUGUGCAACUUUCUCAUGUACUAAAUCCAGAAGCUCCUGUUGGUUUUUAUGAGUUGUCUGUUGAAACUGACAAAGCAACGUUUAAUGAACAGUUUCAGGUUAAACAGUAUGUUUUGCCCAAGUUCGAGGUAAUAAUAAAACAUCCUGAGAUGGUAAGAGCAAAUGAAGAUGUAACGCUAGCAGUUUGUGCCCGAUACACUCAUGGACGGCCAAUUCUGGGUAAAGUGAAAAUGAGUCUCUGCAGUUCCAUAUCUUUAUAUAUAGUUUUCAAUAUCUCUGAGCUUUGCGUUGAUAGGUUGGCUGUGCUUAAUGAUACUGGCUGUGUGUCUCAGCUGUUCUCUAAAUAUGAAAUUAUAAAACAACUACCUGGAUAUUUAUAUGGCCUUGAAUUCACUGCAUCAGUAACUGAGGAGGGGACAGACAUCUCACUGCAAAGAAGUGCACGUGUGCCUUUUUCUUAUACGAUUGGUAGAGUCAUAUUUGUUGAUGAACCAGCAUACAUUAAAGAUGGACAUUUUUUAAAGGGAAAGGUUAAAGUUGAACUCUCCAACGGGACCCCGGUUUCAAACUCUACAGUCACAUUUUUGGUAGUAGCCGGUUUUAUUCCGACAUCUGACGACAUUCUGACAGUUACGACAGACAUUAAUGGGAUGGCCAAUUUUACAAUUUAUUUACCGACUUUUGUAAGGACAGCUUGUACAAUAUGGGUAAGCGCUUCACAAGACAGUCCGUUUGGACAUCCGUUUAAUUUCGAUAGUUUUCGGAAAACUGUGCAACUGCAAGAUCAAUCUACAGCAAAAACAAGUCAAGAUCAAUCUACAGCAAAAACAAGUCAACUGACCAUAAAGGCUCUGCCAGAACCACUGAAGUGUGAGGUGGAGAUAUCAGUAACCGUCCAGUACACCUUUGCUGGAGAGACUAUGAAAAGUGACUCUGUUACUAUAGUAUACCUGAUUGUAUCUAGAGGAAAGAUAAUCCAUCACGGGCAUAAUAAAGUAACAGUAUCAGACUCUGAUGGGAUAGUGGAAGGAGAGGUCGCGUUUAGGAUGCAUGUUCACCCCAAGAUGGCACCUAAGAUGGAGAUUCUCACGUACUGCGUUCUGCCCAGUGAGACUGUACUAGCCACAUCCAAAACAUUUCAAACUGAGAAAUGUCUGGAAAACAAGGUGUCUCUUCAGUUUUCUCCUGCUACAGCAGUUCCAGGUGAAGCAAACACAAUACAGCUGUCAGCUCAGCCUGGUUCACUGUGUGGCCUCACUGGUGUAGAUCAAAGUGUUAACAUCUUGGAGGAAAAUAAACAUCUAAACGUUGACAAAAUCUUCAGCAUGAUUCCACCCCAGUUUUUUCCAUAUGAAAUUGAAGAUCCAGUUGAAUGCUUUAAAAUCAGAUUCAAAAGGUAUUCAUUAAUGCCAAGUAGGUAUCCGAUCUACACUCCAACCUACCCUUCUACAUCAGGGAAUGCAUUAGAUUCUGUCUAUGAGUCUUUCAAGAACAUGGGAUUGAAGGUGGCAACAAAUUUGAUUCUUAGAACACCACCUUGUGUUAAACUCAGAGAUGUAUUUUAUCAAAGAGUAUUUGGUGACUAUAAUCCUAUGGGGUACCCUGGGUCAAUGUAUCCUUCUGCAUAUGGACCACCACCAUAUCCUGGAACAGGAGGGUACGGGUUAGUAGCAGCUGUACCGCAACCUGGACCACAAGCAACAGGAAGUGCAUUUGCAGGUGGAGUUGGACUACCAGUUGGGGGAGGAGGUGGUGUAGGAGGUUAUGGACCAGGAGGUUAUGGACCAGCAGUCGUAAAUGUUGUAGCUCCACCUAUAGAAACGAUUCGCACAUUUUUCCCUGAAACUUGGAUCUGGGAUCUUGUUGAGGUUGGGGACUCUGGAUCAACACAGGUUCCUGUCAAGGUUCCUGACACCAUCACCACCUGGGAGACGGAAGCCUUCUGUCUGUCCUCCAAAGGUUUGGGUUUGGCUCCUCCUGCUCAGCUGACAGUUUUCCAGCCCUUCUUCCUGGAGCUUUCUCUGCCUUACUCCAUCAUCCGUGGGGAGAUCUUUGAACUGAAGGCCACCGUCUUUAACUAUAUGUCCAAGUGUAUCAUGGUUAAAGUAACUCCAGCUCCAUCUUCAGACUUCACUCUUAAAGCCUCCUCUGAUGAUGACCAGUAUUCAUCCUGUCUGUGUGCUAAUGGAAGAAAAACCUUUAAAUGGAUUCUCACUCCUUCUGUUCUUGGAGUGUUGAAUAUAACAGUGAGUGCAGAGGCAGAGCAGUCACAGACUGUGUGUGACAAUGAGAUUGUGAGCGUGCCGGAGAGAGGACGCAUUGACACGGUCACACAAAGCUUGCGUGUUAAUGCUGAAGGAAUCGAAAAGACUGAAAGCCAUAGCUGGUUGCUUUGUCCUAAGGGUCAAAAUCUCUUAGCAGAAGUAGAGCUGGCAUUUCCCAAAAAUGUGAUUGAAGGAUCUGCAAGAUCUACUCUUUCAGUCCUGGGAGACAUAUUGGGUCGUGCAUUGCAGAAUCUUCAUGGAUUAUUACGGAUGCCGUACGGCUGUGGAGAACAAAACAUUGCUGUCCUGUCUCCCAAUAUUUACAUUUUACAGUAUCUGGAAAACACGCAGCAACUUACUUCAGACAUCAGAGAGAGAGCCAUUGACUUUCUUAAGAAUGGUUAUCAGAGGCAAUUGAACUAUGAAAACUCAGAAGAUGGGUCAUACACAACCUUUGGUCAUGGAGAAGGAAAUACAUGGCUGACUGCUUUUGUGCUGAGGACGUUUGGGAAAGCACAGCGUUACAUCUUUAUUGACCCCCAAAAAAUUCAGACUUCAAAGCAAUGGUUGAUGCGUCACCAACAAACAGGUGGCUGUUUUGAGAGCAAGGGGAAACUCUUUAAUAACAGAAUGAAGGGGGGUGUAAGUGACAGUGUGACCAUUUCUGCCUAUAUAACUGCAUCACUGCUCGAACUGAACACAUCUAUUACGGAUCCUGUUGUGAAUAAAAGCUUGAUGUGUUUGAAGAGAUUUGCUGGUCAUAACAACAACACAUACACCACAGCAUUGCUCGCUUAUACAUUUAGUCUGGCAGGAGAAAGAUCAAUUCGAGAUUAUCUUUUGAGGAAGUUAUCAGACAUUAGGAUUUCAGAUGGGUCUCAGCUUCACUGGUCUCAGUCAGGAUCUGUUGAUGAUUCUGGUUCUCUGUCAGUGGAGAUCAGCUCAUAUGUUCUGCUAGCUGUUCUCACAUCAGAUUCAGUCACUACAGUUGAGUUGGGUUAUGCUAACAGGAUCGUCAGCUGGCUGGUCAAGCAGCAGAACGCCUAUGGAGGAUUCUCAUCUACACAGGACACAGUUGUGGCUCUUCAGGCUUUGUCUUUGUACGCCACCAAAGUCUUCAGCUCUGAUGGUUUCAGUACAGUGACGGUUCAGUCAGCAGGAGACUCUCAUAACUUUGAUGUGAAUCAGGACAACAAGUUACUGUAUCAGGAGAAGAAACUGACCAAUGUUCCUGGCAAAUACAGUAUUGAAGUGAAAGGCUCAGCCUGUGUGUCUGUGCAGAUUUCUCUUUUCUACAAUAUCCCCACCCCUUCUGUACCAAAUACAUUUAACAUCUCUGCUAAGACAGAGGGAGUGUGUGAGAAAUCUAACGGACAAAUUCUGGAUGUCAAGUUAAACAUUGAAUAUUCUGGGUCACAACCCAGUACCAACAUGGUCAUUGUGAAUGUCAAACUUUUGUCUGGUUUCAUAGCAGAACCUUCUUCACUAGAUUUGCUAAAGACUGCAGAACUUGUGAAUCGUGUUGAAUCAAAAGACGACCAUGUCAUCAUGUAUCUACAAGAGGUUCAACGUAACAGACCUGUUUUUUACACACUGCGUAUUAAACAAAUAGUUGCAGUAGAGAACUUAAAGCCAGCAGUGAUACAAGUCUAUGAUUACUACCAGACCAGUGACCGGUUUGAAAAGGAAUAUUUCAAUCACUGCCUAAAUAGCUGAAGAUGAAACAUCAACUAUUUUCUCGUGUUGUACCUUCUGUUUAAUUUUCCUUUCUGUACUUUUAAGAAUUAUUAUCAUGCUUGCAGUUGUUAGAUAGUGCCAUUACAAUCAAUUACAGUGUAAUUCAUGAAAGUGUGCAAUUGUUGUGAAAUUCUCUGUAAAAGUAGCAUUCAUUUCCAAUAAAAACGACUCGCACUUAGAAAUUGAAUUCUAAUGUCAAAUAACUUACUAAAAUAUUACAUUAUAAUUAGUGGUGAGCAAAGAUGAAUUGUUAUUAACCCCAUACAAAAUAAAAAUGAAUUUUUUCAUAAAA